AUGCAUAGUAGAAGUAAUAGUCAUGAUAGUAUAUACCCUCCCUCAUCAUCGUAUUAUGGAAAGUUGAAACGAAGAGCUAUCGAAAACUCUGGUGGUGUGACGAGUGAAGCCGAAGAUACAUUUGACAGUAUUCGAAACAACAAGAGAUUCCUUUCACAGGCAAUGGCUGAAAGCAUUGGUGUCUUGUCACUAAACGAUCCGAUUGUCAUGGGUGGUGACAACGAAGCAACCCUUCUCACUCCAUCUGUCAUUACACCGACCACCACAACUACUCCUAUUAUCAACCCAACCAAUAGUUAUUUAGGUAAUUUAAAUCCUUUUACAAAUAACAAUAAUAAUAAUAAUAAUAAUAAUAAUAAUAAUAAUAAUAAUAAUAAUAAUAGUUUAACAUUUUUUAAUCAACAAUCUCAACUUCAACCAAUUAAUUCUAUUGCAUUGAAUCAAAUUGAACUUGAUUCAAAUAUUCAUAAUAAUAAUAAUAAUAAUAGAUCAUUAUCAAUUAUACCUGUUGAUCCAAAUACAAAUGGAUCAUCAUCAUCUUCUUCACCGACGUUGAAUUUAUUGUUUCAACAACAAAUGUCUCCUCGUGCAAGACUAUCACCAUCACCUCUUUCUAGAGCCAAGGAAGAAGAAGCUGGUGACAAGAAAGCAUCACCUCUAUUACUCGCCCAUUCAUCUACUGCCUCUCAGACUUUAUUGCCAAUCGACUAUAAUAAUAUAAAGGAAAUUAAAGUAUUGGAUAACCUACCAUCAUCGUCGUCGUCGUCGCCGAAUCAACAACAAAUUCAAUCGAUCCUAUCUGGUAAAAUUCCUUCUCUUUCACCUCAUUCUAUUGAUGUUCCCGGAAAUAAAUCAAUGGCAAUGAUUCUUUAUUCAGAACCAAAGGAUAUAAUAACAAGUGCAAUCCGUAAACAAAUUGAAAAAAAACGACGUGAAGAAUAUAUUUAUGAAAGAUACUAUAUGAAAGAUGAUGACGAAAACAAUCAGAUGGUAACCAGUCCUAUUUCCGAUAAUAAUAAUAAUAAUAGUAAUAUUACCACCACAUCCUCUGUAAUGACACCACCAACUAUAUCAACAACGACAACAACAACAACAAUGACAAAAGGUAGUAAACCAUUGUCACCAUCAACACCACCAGCUGCCAUGGAUAUUGAUUCAUAA